UAAUGCUGCCAUUCAUUCGAAGCAGCUUCUUUCUCCCUCCGCAUAGGCUACUCCGCCUGCUGGGCGGGCCAGAAACGCCUCACCUGACACUUAUCUGUGAUUUAUGGAAGCAGUGCACUGUAGCUGUCACCUUUCUGAAUGUGAUCCUGCUGAGGAGAUAUUGCAUUGAAAAAAAUCAAAGCACAGCAGACAAGUUGUGGGCUUCACUAACUGAGAUUUGUUGAAGAAAACAUAGUCCAACCUUUCUGGGGACCCAAAUUAAACAUGGCUGCAUCAAGCUUACCUAAACAAUCUUCUGCACCAGACAGAAUCAAGGCAGAGUUUGAGGACGUCCCAGUUAACUCUCCAGCAACUGGCCAUGGCACCACAGGGCCGCAGAUGAAGACUGAACCGGUCAAAGAUGAAGAUGAUGAUUGGGACACAUUCAUGUAUGCCACAUCUUCAGGAGACCUGGAGGGCGAGUCGUUUCACAUGAAGAGGGAGACUUUAAGUUUGAAAUAUGAGUCAUACAGUUCAGUGAGUUGCCACUCACCCACACACUCAGCUAACACCAAUGAACAGUGUGUCCAGACAAAUGGUAAAGAUUUGAAACUAAAUGUGGAUCAUGUUGAAAAUGAUUCUGAGCAGGAUCCCAUCCAAACAGAUGAAGAAAGUAUGGACUCUGCCCAGGAGCCUUACCCAUCACCCAGAAAAGGGGGAAAAUCAAAGCCAAAGAAAGUAUUUGAAUGUGAACAAUGUGGGCACAUAUUUAGUCGAAAAGAUAGUUUUACUUUUCACAUGUAUAUCCACUCUGGUAAGUACCCAUACAGUUGCUCAGUAUGUCAGAAGACCUUCUCACGAGCUGAUCAUCUAGCUGUACACAUGCGGUAUCACACAGGAGAGCGGCCUUUUAAAUGUGAUGAAUGUGGCGAAGGCUUUGUCACUAUGCGAUACCUUCGAGAACAUGAGUCCACUCACACAGGGACCAAACCCUAUGCUUGUGAACAAUGUGAUAGGAGCUUUGCACACCGCAGUUUUCUUGUCAGACACAUGAGGAACCACAGGACCAAACCCUUUGCUUGUGAACACUGUGAUAUGAGGUUUUCAUACCAGAAUGAUUUUGUCAGACAUAACAGGAAACACAAUGGCCAAAGGCCGUAUCCCUGUUCAAACUGCUACAUGACCUUCAAGCGCCUUGAGACUCUACAGAAACACGUUUUCCGAAAACAUGAACGCAUAUCUUCAUUCUCUUGCCCCAGCUGCGGUAAGCCCUUCAAAAAGGAAGGACAUUUCAGGAGGCAUGUCACAUCUAUCUGUAAGAAGAAUAAACACGAAUAGACAGA